CGGAAAUAAGGUGACUGGCGCCAUUGCGUGGCAUAAUGGAAAAUUACAAGAGUCUACUAGACAGUCAGUCCCGUUAAGUAUCAACUGAUGAGGAAAAAAACCAUGUGUGUGAUUUGAAAGGAGGAAGAUUACUGAAUAGUCAAAAGAAAGUAAUGUAGAUAAAUUCAUAUUGAUUUUUUUUAUAGAAGAUUGUGUAAGGGGAUGAGCUAUUUUUUUAUGGAAAAAACGGAUAUAUACAACUUCUUCAUGUCGUCACACUGUGAAUCUUUUUUUCACUGUAAAAACAUGACAUUUUCUCUCUCUCUUUCCAGUCAAUUGUUCAUUCAUGCCUCGUUUUCUUUACGAGUAUUUUCACCUCUAUAACCUUUAAAUAACCGAAGGCAGGCGACAUUCCCGUGUAAUUAAUGCAAAUUGGACUUAAAACAAAGUUAAACCCGAGAGUAGUUAACCACAUCAACUUCGAGUUCAUUCAUCCCAUUUCCUGGACAGAGUUCCUGAGGGAGGGACAACAACACAAGCAUGGGAAAAAUUUUCCCCUAGUUUUUCCGAUUACAUCGGUUCUUUUUAAAGAAGGCACACAGAAACCGACGGGAGCCUUUCAGACCACCACUGUGAGGAGUGGACGAAGUUGACUGUAAGUACACUGAGCGCCGCUGAGACUCGUGAGCCAAUAAGGAGACAAACCCGCUUCACGAGAGAGAAAGUUCACUGUAGUGUAUGGAGGCCUUGUUUUUCACAUCUUGAUGAUGGAGAGUUGGAGCCCACCCUAACAACGUUGUGAGCUCAUGGAAGAACUAAUAGGGGGCUGCAGCCAGAUAUACAUGCUCCCCAGUAAAAAAGACGCUAUUAUAAUAAGGAUCAGAUGAUGUCCAGAGCUGACUGGUCCUUUCUUGAGAACCUGCUGGAGGAGGGCCAGGAAUAUUCAACAGGAAUUGGUCGUGUCUGGCUCACCGUACUCUUCUUGUUUCGCAUACUGGUACUUGGAACAGCUGCGGAAUCUGCUUGGGAUGAUGAGCAAGCUCAAUUUGUCUGUAACACGGGACAACCUGGCUGCACUGCCGUAUGUUACGACAAAGCCUUCCCCAUCUCCCACUUCCGCUACUUUGUCCUCCAAAUCAUCUUUGUCUCCACGCCAACCAUCUUCUAUUUUGGAUAUGUGGCUAUAAGGGCGGGGAAGGACAAAAGCAAAGAGGAGGAAAAGGUUGAGAAGCAGGCAGAAGAAGGAGGUGGUGGAAGUAACAGAGGAGAAACUGUAACCAAAGGGAAGAAUAACAAUGCAGCAAAAGACAAUGCACAAGAGAAGGGUAAAGAAGAGGAUGUUGGGAAAGGUAGAAAAACUGACAAAGUUCUUCCUGAGGCUCCUAAACUGAAAGGCAGACUACUGUGUGCAUAUGCAUUCAGUAUCCUGUUGAAAAUCUUCCUAGAAGUUGGCUUCAUAGUGGGGCUGUGGAUCCUUUAUGAUGGCUUCGUCAUUACACCAAAAUUUGAGUGCAUAGCGACCCCAUGCCCUCAUACAGUGGACUGCUUUGUCUCUCGACCCACAGAGAAGACCAUCUUCACCAUCUACACUCAGGUGAUCGCUGCCGUCUCCGUGCUCCUCAACCUUAUGGAGCUCCUCCACCUCCUUCAGCUUGCCAUCACUCAUGGGCUGGAAAAACGCUACUGUGCCCAGCAGGUGGACUACCUACCUCGAUCAGAGCAGGUACCAGCCCUACAAGAGACUCCAGAACUCCAAGCAGAGGCGCCACAGUCUUACAGAACUGGGAGCCAUGUUAACCGCCCCGUGCAGGGUGAGGCUACAGGCUCCCACAACCCAUGUGAGAGCUACAGGGAUCUGGCAAUAGAGGUGAAUUGGGGACCUGUGGAGGCUGGGAAUGACUUGCUCCCCAGUUAUGUGAACUGUAUGGAGGCUAUGAGGACAACACAUUCCCCUAGAGUCCAUUAUAAGAAACACGCACACCACACUGGGAAAAACACUAAGAGUGCCCAUAAGGGACAUUCAAAGCAGAAACAUUAUGUAUGAAGAGGUUAGAUGAGAUGACAUGUUGAUUAUGAUUAUGAAUGCUUUGUUUGGUUUCAGAGCCUUAAAGUAUUUUUUUUACAACUGCUACCCUGCACAUGGGUAUCAGGGGUGCACAGUGAGAGCUCAAAUGAGGGAGAAAUGAAGAACAACUAUCGUACUGUGAACUCAAUGCCUCAAAGGCAGGCAGACAUUCAAACAAAGAUUUACCAGAUAAAUGGACCUAUUCAAAACAGAACAUUUUGAGAACACUCCCCAAGGCAAAGAAAAUGGACUCCACAAUGAGAGAAGAUUAUAGUCAUAAGAUGCUUUCAUGUUACAUUUAAUGGCUUUUAGUGCUGAUGUGACAGUGGAAAAAAACACUGCAAGGGGGGUCCGCAGAGGGGAUAUUGUGUGAGUGUGUGUGUGUAUGGGAGGGUUUGCAGUAGAACUAGAUUUAAACCAUUUCCCUUGAGAUUUCCACCAUAACCCCUGGAGUUCCAAAGCUUCUUCCUCUCCCAGUGGCUCUGUCCACACUGUGGAAUGUACUGGUCUCUGGAUCCUGCUCAGCUCCCAAGAGGAUAAUGACUGUGUGGAUGCAGGCAUGCAUGCAUGCACACACACAAUGUAUUUUUCCCCUUUCACCCAGUGAGUUUUGGUCACUCGAGUUGGGGUUAUGGACUUGGAAGGCAGGGGUGAAGAGAAGGGGAGGCAAACCACUGGGAAUUUUGGGGCUGUAAAGGACUUAUCAUUGCCAGUAACUAUAGUACUCAGCUAUGGAGAGAGAGGGAGAGGGGGAAAGAGAGGACCACUGCGUUAUGAGUGAUGAAAAAUGGAGGAAAGACAAGCAUCCAGUAUGAAAAUCAAAACUUUUGUGGAGCUUGAAAGAAGAAUGAAAAGAUGCGCUGGUGAUUGCACACUGAAUGGACUGAAAGCGGUACAGAAUGUGCAAAUUCAAUGAAAGAAAGUGACUAAUUAUGUGAAAUCUGUAUUUAAUGUUAAAGUUAUUCAUAAAGAGAUAUCGGUGUUCAUAUUUAUUAUUUUGAGGAAAAUAAAGUUUAAACUAUCAUAA